UGGACUGCCUUGUAUAAUUAACUGCACAGCUGGAGCUUCUGAUCCCUCCACGUCUGCUCCUUCCUUCCCUCCUUUCUUUUCCCCCCUGCAUCCACCUGGGCGCGAUUCGGGCGCUCUGCUCCUCCUCGGGAGCUCGGGGUGCGUCACUGGGGCAGGAAGGGUCCCCGGAUCCCGCGUUCCAGAGCCAUUCCAGAGCCAUUCCCCUCGGAGAGCGCGACCAGGCAGAGCCUGGGCUGGAGCAGAGCAGCGAGCAGAGGAAACACUGAGGCAGCCAUGGAGACGGGCAGCACAGCCAGGACAAACGGCACCGCCGGCAAAGCCGAGGACGUCAAGAGCCCGACUGCCCCCAAAAAAGAAGAGGAGGCCAAGAAGGCCACGAGCCCUGGCGGAGGCGAGAAAGAAGCUAUAAAAGGCACGGGCGGCGCUGCGUUGGAGACAGGGCAAAUCAAGAGCUCCCUCUUCUCUGGCAGUGACUGGAAGAGGCCCAUCAUUCAGUUUGUGGAGUCAUCCGACGAGAAGAGGUCAACCUACUUCAGCAUGGACUCGGCGGACUCCAAGAAGAUGCAGUUCGGAGACAUGAGGAGGCCGGCCCUGAACUUCCCGGAGAAAGGCGACCUCAGGAAGUCCCUGUUCUCCUUGGAUUCCAAAAAGAGCUUCCUGCCCGCCGACGGGGAAGGGAGGAAAUCCUUGUUCUCUGCGGGGGAGCUGAAGAAAUCCUCCCUUCCCCUGGUGGAGACGGGGGAUCUGCGGCGACCCUUCAACAAGGCCGACAGGGCCGCGGGCUCCCGGCCCCGCGUGAAGCUCGAGGACGUUCUCUGCGACUCCUGCAUCGACAACAAGCAGAAGGCUGUCAAGUCCUGCCUGGUGUGCCAGGCUUCCUUCUGCGAGCUGCACCUCAAGCCCCACCUGGAGGGAGCGGCCUUCCGGGACCACCAGCUCCUGGACCCCAUCAGGGACUUCGAGGCCAGAAAAUGCCCCGUGCACGGCAAGACCAUGGAGCUGUUCUGCCAGACUGACCAGAUGUGCAUCUGCUACCUGUGCAUGUUCCAGGAGCACAAGAACCACAGCACGGUGACAGUGGAGAUCGAGAAGGCGGGGAAAGAGGCUGAGCUGUCACUGCAGAAGGAGCAGCUGCAGCUGAAGAUCAUCGAGGUGGAAGAUGAGGUGGACAAGUGGCAGAAGGAGAGGGACCGCAUCAAGAAUUACACCACCAACGAGAAAGCCACGGUGGACCAGCACUUCAAGGAGCUGAUCCGUGACCUGGAGAGGCAGAGGGACGAGGUGAAGGCUGCCCUGGAUCAGAGAGAAAAAGUCGCCUCGGAGAACGUGAAGGAAAUCGUGGAUGAGCUGGAGGAGAGGGCGAAGCUGCUGCGGGAGGACAAGGAGAACAGGGAGCAGAUCCACCAGAUCAGCGACUCCGUGCUCUUCCUGCAGGAAUUCGGGGCUCUGAUGAGGAAUUAUGUGCCCCCUCCAUCCCUCCCAACCUACAGCGUGCUGCUGGAAGGGGAGAGCAUGAGCCCAUCCAUGGGGCUGCUCAGGGACGACCUCCUCAACGUCUGCAUGAGGCACGUGGAGAAAAUCUGCAAGGCAGACCUGGGGCGCAACUUCAUCGAGAGGAACCACAUGGAGAACGGAGAUCACCGGUUCAUGAUGAACAACUACGAGUGGAACCAGCCUGACAACCUGAAGAGGUUUUCCAUGUUCCUGUCUCCCAAAGCCAAUUUCAACCCACGGUCAUGGGAAUUUUCCUCCUUCCAAGCGACCGAGGAAACACUUGUAGGCAAUGGCACUAAGCUGCCUUUUCAGUUCUCCUCGGUGGGACAGAAUCCGCCCGGUGACUUCAGCAAACAGUCUGACGGGAGCCUCUUCACUAAGACCGCCUACCCUUCCAUAGUGAGGCACCAGUCUGCAAAGGUGACACCACAGACGUGGAAAUCCUCCUCCAAGCAGUCUGUAUUGUCACAUUAUCGCCCCUUCUACGUCAACAAAGGCAACGGAGCCACCUCCAACGAGGCCCCCUGAGCUGCUGAGGAACUGGGCAGAGCUGGCAGCAGAGGCUCAGCUGCAGAUUUCCAUGGAUGCUCCUGCUCCUCUCUCAACCCUCCUGCUCCCAUCCCUGCCAGGGCCAGGGCAGUGCACCAGGGAACGGCCUCGCCCUGAGCAAAGCAGGACUUUCCCCCCAAACCACCCCCAAAUCUCUCACCUUGAGAGCUCUGCAGGCCUUCACACCCUCUGCUGUCCCCUCCCUGUCCCCUCCCUGUCCCCAGCUGCUCUGCCCCUCCUGGGAAUUGUGGAUGCUUGGGUGGCACCCCCUGCUAGGCAGCUGUCCCCUUGUCCCCAGAGCUGAUAACCCAAAGCUCUUCCCAGCACAGACAGGUCCCAAACUGGAGUUUUUCCCUGGGGACACCCAGCUCCCUCUGGGCUCAGAUUCCCCUGGUGGCAUCACCUGUCCCCAGGGUCCCCCAGCAGCUCAGCUCUGCUCCUCACCUGCCAAAAAAACCCCCAGCAGGAUUUUCCCAGAGCUGCUGGAGGAGAGCAGGGAGAGUUUCCAGCCCAUUAAAGUGCCCCUCCAGCCACCUUUUCAAAUUAAGAAAUAAAAAGCAAAUCCAUCCUAGUAAUACAAGAUUGAUUAGAUGCCAUAGGUGCUGGGUGCUUUUCUGGUUUGUGGUGGUUUUUCUUAAUUCCCCUAAACCAAAAUUGAUUUAUAUACUGUAGUUCAGGUAUUUUAUAUUUUUUUUUUCCCUGCAGUGGGCUAUGAGAAUUACUGCCACAGCUUUUUGCUCAAGAUAAUAUUUUUGUAUUUGUCCCCUGGACAGAUGAAUCAUGUCCAGGGCUGGAGAACCAUUCCAUGAUCUCCCUGAGGUGAUUUUCCCUCUGCAUGGACGAGCUGAGGGGUUCAAUCCAUGCCAUGCAGGGGGAGAAAUGGGAAUAAGAGCCCUCAAAUGAUGAAAACCAAGCUCCUUUUCAUGGUUUGCUCUAUUCAAGCAAUUUUGGAAUGGCUUUCUCCCACUUUUUUCCUGCUUGCAGCACCUUGCUGAGAGAGGUCCCUCCUGAAAAUUCCUUCCUGGCUCAUCUCUUCAUAAAGAUACUCAUGGCUUUUUAACCAAACUCCUGGGGCUGAAUGGUUGCUCCAGAGCACUUGAAAUGUCACUUUAUGAUGAUUUUUUAAUUUUUUUUUUCCCCAUAAAGACCAGAGGGGGAAGGGGCUGGUGUGGUAGGGCAGGAUGUGACAAAAGGGAUGUGAAAAAAAAAGGGGAUGGAAUUGCUGGGAAAAGCACUGAGGGGUUUGAGGAUGUGUGUGAAAGGAUAAAACCAGCCCCCCUCCAGGUCUCACUGCUUUGCCCUUGAGCAGGUCCAGCAAAACCUUCCAGCACCUCCUUUUUAUGCUCCAAAAUGUGGGCAUGACCCGUCCUCCUCCUCCUCCUCCUCAGCUUGGAUGUUCAAAUCCCUCCCUGCCCACACAAGGCUGUGUGGUGCCAGCUGCACCUGCCUGAGGCCACCACUGUCCCUUUGCUGUCCCCUGCCCUCUCUGUGCCC